AUGUCUGGCACUAAGCGCAAGUCCGAUGCUAUGGACGUCACGCCUACGGGUAGUCCUACUAAAAGGAUGCGCUUGACACAACACCAGAAGCAGGCGCUGAUGGACAAUCUACAACUUGAAAUCACUGAGCGAGCACGUAAGCUUCGUGCUCAAUAUGCCCUUCAGGCAAAUGACCUACGGGCGCGCAUUGAGCGACGCGUCAAUCGCAUCCCAGUCUCGCUACGCAAGGCCAACAUCGGCGAGCUGCUCGAAAAGCACAAUGCUGCCGCCAACAAACAGCAUGUCGCGUCGCCUUCCAGGAAAUACUCGCCCAUCAAGGUGUCGCGGAAUGUCGCAAGCAUCUCCGUGGACCCAGAAACCACACACGACGGUAGAGCUCGGAGGGGAAGCCACGAUGGCCACUUCUCCGAUAAAGAGAAUGCUCCUGCCGGUCGCUCGCCCGAACUCAAGAACCCUAAGCGUCGCGUGAAGCCAGCCGGAGCAGGCGGCACCUCGCGCGUGGCGUCUCAAGAAGUACGGGCUAACGAGAACCGGAUUCUGUCUCCAAAGUCCAACAAUUCCAGAACCUUCCCUCACUCGCCCUUCCGUGCAUCCCCCGAGAAGGGUCAACCCUCAUAUCUGGCGCGCCCUACCUCUCCGUUAAAACCGUCCAGUCCGUUGCGAUCACGUGGCCACACUGUAUCUACAGUGAAGAACACUCGGCCUCCUGUGCAGAACCAGAGGACUACGACCCGUGCCGCUACGGGGCCCAAGACUAUUCGGUCGCCUUUGCCACGCCCGGCGACCCGACAGGGCGAGCGUAAGAAUAGCACAGGGUCCACUGCGUCUUCGGGUACAACAAUAACCAAAUCCACACGGACUGGCACUGGCGCGAGGAAGCCCACCACAGCAUCUGCUGCUGCGGCUGCCGCGAAGAGGCCGACUUCUCGUAUGCAAACUGCCUCAAUGGCUGUCAAGAAUACGCCCACUGCUGCUUCAAUGCGGAAGACUACUGCUCCGGCUGUCACUGAAACUGCGACCCGGACUCGAGCGCUGCGUAAGCGGAUUUAG